GAGAGAGAGAGGGGGGGGGAGAGAGAGAGAGAGAGAGAGAGGGGUGGAGAGAGAGAGAGAGAGAGAGAGAGGAGGAUGGAGUGGAGAAAGAGCUACAUGGAUCUGGUACUAGUUCCAUUGAGCCUUCUCCUGUUCAUAGUUUACCAUGGCUGGCUUUGGCAUAAGGUGAGGACUCAGCCUCGCCGCACCAUCAUCGGAAUGAACUCGGCCGGCCGCCGGCUUUGGGUCCGGUCGGUCAUGAAGGACUCGGACAAGAAAAACGUUCUGGCAGUACAAACCCUACGGAACGCCAUAAUGAGCUCAACAUUAAUGGCCACCACAUGCAUUCUCCUCUGCUCAGCUCUGGCAGCAGUUUUAAGCAGCACAUACAGUGUUAAGAAACCAAUCUCAGACUCCAUUUAUGGAGCUCAUGGAGAGCUCAUGGUCGCCCUAAAAUACAUUUCUCUCCUCCUCAUCUUCCUCUUCGCCUUCAUCUGCUACUCACUUUCAGUUCGCUUCAUGUGCCAAGUCAGCUUCCUCAUCAACACCACUCCGGUUUCUUCUGAGAAUCUAACCCUAGUAAUUAUCACGCCUGAAUAUGUCUGUGAGCUGUUGGAGAAAGGUUUUUUGCUUAAUACUUUCGGGAAUAGAUUGUUCUAUACUGCUCUUUCAUUGCUGUUGUGGGUGUUUGGGCCUGUUCUUGUCUUUGUAUGUUCGGCUGUUAUGGUUUCUGUGUUGUAUUGUCUUGAUGUGGUGUGUGACGUGAAAGGCAAUGGUGGUGGAGAGAAGGGUGAGGAAUAUUUGUAAGUGUGAUGUGUGAUGGUGAUUAAUAAUGUAUAUGUUGUAUGUUUCAUCAUCAUCCAUUAAGUAAUUGGAUUGGUUUGAAUUGAGGGAAGG